UAGUGGCUCUGUCUGCGAAAAAUGGCAGAGCAAACACAGCAACAGCAAGUCUUAUCGCCGUCUACACAUUCUAUUACGACGACUUCAGUUGAAUUUAUACAGCAUAUAAACGUAGAAAACGCAAAGUUUUUGGCAUUGGUCGUAUUGCUUUGUAUAGUAAGCUAUCAUGGGGCUUUACACUUCGUAUACGGAAGUGAUUCUUGCACAUGGCUACUCAGUGAUGGCCGAUUCCAAGGACCCCAUGUGUGGCAGCCAUAUGGCUGUAUGCUGCAUUCGUAUGAUAAGAGAGAUGCGAGAUACUGCAUGCGGUAUAUCAACUACUGGGGAGGGCAGACACACAUACUGUUUGUUGGAGACUCUCGGAUAAGGCAGCUCUAUGAGCAGCUGGUUCAUCACAUCAGCCUCCAGGAGAUCCCCACUGGUGCCAAGCAUUCCGACAUGCAGUUUAUUGAUAACGAACUCAACCUGAAAGUCGAGUUCAAGUGGAUGCCAGUAGCUAAUGCCAGCAUGUACGAGCUGUUCAAGUCGUACCUGAACCGUGAUAAACCCAACGUGCUCUUUGUUGGCAGUGCAACUUGGACUAUCAAGGCAGACAAUGCCAGUAAGGAAGCACUUGAAGAGUACAGGGAAGUGCUGACAAAUGUCGCACCCAUAUUUGAGCAGCUCAAGCCUUACAUGAAGAUCCUAUGGAUUUUACAAGACCCAGUUCUUCAGGAUAAGCUUUCUCCAGAAAGGCAGAUGAUUACUAACGACCAACUGGAUCUAUACAACAAAGCUGCCAUGGAAGUGCUGGAUGACAGCUGUAUCAUAUGGAAGUCCUCCCGGCUUGUUGCUCAGGGUUACAAUGGCGAUUCUGUGGACGGCCUCCACGUUGGUGCAAUUGCUCUCAACUACGAUGUACAGAUUCUCCUGAACAUGCACUGCAAUGAUCACAUGAACUUCAAUGAUGGCACGUGCUGUGCCAGCAGAGAGCCAAUCACAACGUUGCAACUGGCAACUGCCAUUGUCUUUGCAGUAUGUAUGGUGGCUUCAAUUGUUUUGCGCUGCUGUCGCAUGCACGCGAGGAAGGUUGUGGCGAAUGGCAUCAUUGCUCCUCAAAACAAAGCUAAAAUCAAACCAGCUGUUGGUGCAUUGGCUGGAGAUUGUGAUGUCUACAUCGUUGUUUCAUCCUUGGCAAAAUUUGGACUUAUAAUGGCCUACUUUUUUCUCUGUGAUAGAACGAAUUUCUUUAUGAAGGAAAACAAGUAUUAUAGCACACUAAACUUUUUCCUUCCGUUUGGUUACGUAAUGGCAUUGGGCUUGUUUUUCACUGAGGACUCUAAGCAGACUAUCGUACUACACAGAGAUCAGACUGAUGAAUGGAAAGGCUGGAUGCAGUUGGUCAUUCUCAUAUAUCAUAUGACUGGAGCAAGCCAGGUGCUGCCAAUAUACAUGCAAAUCCGAGUGCUGGUUACUUCCUACCUCUUCCUAACUGGAUUCGGUCAUUUCAGUUUCUUUUGGGCUAAGGGCGACUAUGGCCUAUUUCGUGUGUGCAAGAGCCGGUGUGCAUAUUUCCCCUUCUAUUGGCAAAGCCGGCAAAAUGGCCUGCGCCGUGUGUUAGAAAUGGUUUUUCGGCUAAACAUGUUAGUGAUCAUGCUGUGCUUCGUAAUGAACCGGCCAUAUCAGUUUUACUACUUUGUGCCGCUCGUCACUUUCUGGUUUCUAGUCAUCUACUGCACAAUGUGCAUGCUGCCUCAAGUUAGUGCGACAUCUGCAGAUGGGAGCCCAUGGCAUUAUCUUUACAUGGUUCUGAAGAUAGUAUUCCUGAUUGCUAUCAUCACAAUAUUAUUCCUGUCCGAGGUUUUAUUCGAAAAGAUCUUUGUCACUCGUCCUUUCAAGGCACUAUUUGUGACAAGUGAUGAUUCUGUGAAAGAGUGGUGGUUUCGCUGGCAGCUUGACAGAUAUAGCGUAGUCUUCGGCGUGAUAUUUGGCUAUGCCUACUUCCUGUUGAAAAGGUUCGAGCUGCUAGAUGACAAAGGCAAUGGGAGCUUGUUCUCCCGAGGCGUGUGUUGGAUAGUGUGCUUGUUGUCGGUAAUAGGCAUAAUGAGCUAUACAACAUUUACCUUUUUCUGCAAAACGAAGCCUGAAUGCAACGAGGUUCAUCCCUAUGUAGCUUUUAUACCGAUAACCUCCUACAUUAUUUUGCGCAAUGUUGCGGGAUUCAUGCGAACGAGAUACAGCACUUUCUUUGCUUGGUUUGGCAAGAUAUCAUUAGAGUUGUUCAUCAGCCAGUAUCACAUCUGGCUGGCGGCGGACACGCACGGCGUGCUCGUGCUGAUUCCCAGCUACCCGGUACUGAACGUCAUCGUGACGUCGUUCGUCUUCGUGUGCGUGUCGCACGAGAUCUCAAAGCUCACCGUCGUGCUGUCGAACUACGCGAUCCCCGGCAGUUGGAAGUACCUGGUGCGCAACGCCAUCAUCUUCACGCUGGUGCUCAUCCCGGUCGGAUUCUCACACGGCAUGCUCGGCUGAAGCGCGUGAGUCACGCUCGCAGAGCUAGUUAAAGGACGAGUUGCGAGUGCGGCGAGUUGCCUUCCGAUCAGGAGACUUUUGCAACAGACACAGGUGUGAGAUUUUGUGAGAGAUUCACUCGGAAGGUCCUGUGAGGUAACUCGCGCGUAACGAUACUGGCGAAGUGGCGUCUGCAAUCGAGAGUGGCUUCCAAGUUGUGCAGUAGCUUUGUAGGGUUUUCUACUUGAACUUACUACUGAACAUACUCAUGAACAUUCAUGUUGCGUCGAUCAUCAAACAAAACGUUGUGUCGCAUGCCACAAAGGUGUUUAGUUAGUUAUUAUUGUUAAGUGUUCCAGAUAUCAAAAAAUUGCAGUGUCUCGAAUGCCAUUACACCAUCAUAAAUGAAAGGCUAGCAACUCUCGUCUUCUAAUAAAAGCAUGGAAAGCUUUCAUGCUUACACCAAUCACAGGACUGAGCUAAUUAUCAAACAAAUUGUGCUUUUAUUUGUUCUGCCCCAUUAUUAUUCAAAGCCUGUUUAAGAUUUUAAAACGACUAUCCUCUUUAGUAGGCCUAAUAUACUGAAAUACUAUUGAAGGUGCAUUUGAAUUUGAGCAUCACUAUAUAAAAAUUAAUAUAUGCAUUCAACAGUAAUAACUGUGUGAUUAACCACAAAUUCAUUGUGGUAUUUAACGUUUUUGAUGUUAAUAAAUUUCAACCAAGGGUAGUGCAAUGUCAUUGGGCAUGCGUGGUUGAGUCUCCUGUCUGUUCUGCUUGUGUCCGUAGUCACAGGAAAGCCAUGAUGUGUUAUGCAUGAGUUACUUACUUAACGACGUAUGGAAUCAUCAUCUAGGUUACCCAGCUAUUUAUUACACUCAUCCCGUGGAACCCAGCAUGGCCCAGCAAUAUUUGGUUAGUUAUUCAUUUUUGCUGGUUGGUUUGUUAUUUGUUAUUAUUCAGGUUGUUGCAGAGAUUAUGGCAUUUGGCAAACAACAUUGAUGAGAAAAAUUAUUCACAUAUGCGUAUAUAUGUGAUUUUUAAAUUUGAAUUUUUUUUUAAAGUGCGAUUAUGCAAGUUCUAGCAAAAACAAAGGCUUGCUAUUGAAAUUAACCAGUUUUAGAUAAACAGUUAUGGCCUUUAAUGAGAUGCUUAUAUUUGUAUAAAUGUUUAUAAUUUAUUUUAAUCUUAGCUAUGUAUCAUAAUUAUAUAUGGUGCCGGUUUUUCAGAAUUAGCGUCUACUUCAUUGCGAACAUGUACUUAUCUCACAUAGGUUGCUCGCAAACGCCAACUAACCACCCCAUGUACAUUUCCACUGCAUCACAUCAGCAGCUGCAUUGACUAUUUGAGAAAUUUGCGAUUUCAAAAGCCGUGCUAGUAUAAGGCGAAUGGAAUUACACACGUAUCUAAUCAAAAGAUUAUCGUGUGUGUGCAUUCAUCAUGCAGUUAAUUAGCUCUUCCUUAGUUGAAGGUUUUCGUUAUUCACCUCACUUAGACCCGCCAUGCGCGAUGUCAACGUGGAGGACGAAUAAUGCAAUACAACACCUUGAAAAAUAAAUGUGGCGUGCGAAAUCCAUGAUAUGGCCAUGAACAUUAGCGGUAAAACAUUUUUCCACUAGUUGUUUGUCACCGCCGUGAUUGAUCAAGCUCGGUGCAUGAUACUCCUAAAUAUCCGGUAGAUUACAAGUUAAGUGACGGGCUUGGAAGAUAUUCUCAAUCUACUGGUAGAUAUUAACUUAAACUCGAGCAGUCUCGUGGCUAUAAAUGAGAAAUUUCAUACACGCUCGCGUUUACCUUGAUAACUUAUUUUGUAUCACAUUACUGUUUCAAAAUUGCGCAUACGUUGAGACUGUAUGCGUGUAUUACGCGAUUCGAGAAAAGAAUGUGGGUUCAAUAAGAUUGUCGGAAUGUUUGAAAGUUCAGUUGGACGCAAUGGAUGCCAUAGCGAUAUAUACACAUCUUUUCUUAGCUAAGAGCGUUUUACGGUGGUCGGAUAUCUGGUUUAAAGUCAUUGCUGGGAAACUGCGAUAGUUGCCCGUGCUUUCUGCAAUUAUGACUCGGUUGCUUGAUAGAAUACAGAUAAAUUGGUGAAUCGAAAUGGUGAUCGUUUACAUGCAAGUAUAUGCAAAUUCAACACUGCUAUAAACUUGACUUUGUAUCAAAAAAGAUUAGCCCUUCUCGAAUUUGAUAUCAUAAUAUGUGUUCUGUCAGAGCACUGAAACGUCAAGUAAAUUUGGGAAAAUGAAGCCUCCCGUUAAACUUGAUCUGCACAGUUCGAAAUCAACAGGUUUGAAAUUGUCCGUGUUUCAUUGGCUAGUCUCGUUUGUACUUAUUACGCGUGUAUAUAUGAAGUCCACCACUCCGAUGGUAAAUCAUUCUGGUAGAAACUUGUAAUCCAUUAGCGUUGAAAUUUGAUUUAAGGUGCGCUUAAUACAUUUCAGGGAACAAAGGAUAACGUUGUAUUUGAUUAGACGAUUAUAGAAUAGAAGAGAACAAACGUAAUGUUUAAAAUCCACUGGCUGUUCUUCAAAAGUACGUCGCCUGUUUAGCCUGAUGAUCACUACAGAAGUUUUAACCAAUGUAUUAAAGUAGGUGGAAACACGUUACUUACGAUUGAUUUCGAAAAUUGAUCGAUUGAUGUCUAUUGUUGGCGGCUGUAUUUUCUUCAUAGAAUACAUACUGUGCGUGUGUUUCCAAAUGUGGGUGGCUUUAACAUUUUCAGAGACGUUGCUGUCUAUGUCUGGACAAAGAAAUUUCCUAGGUAACACACCUACACUGUUCGUAUUCGUUUCGCCCCCGCUAUACUCGACAGUUAUAGUCGAGUAAUAUACUGGAAGUAUAAAAAUUAUACUUGUGUAAGAGCCGAUGAUUUUGCCGAGCUGCGAAAUCGAUCGUCGUACAGGAAACAACGAGACACGUUGGAAACGCCUAUGUAGGAUAAAAGGGGGGGGGGAGAUACUGUGUGAAUUCUAAUGUAAGUCAAGACUCGUAGGUUAAUUCUAAGUAGUUUGGAAGGCAAACGUUUUCAGUACAAUUCCCAUUACAACUCGGUUUUUAAUGUGUGGUCAUUACUUUUUUUUAAUUUAUUAACGUGAUAAUGAAAUUGUCUUGGCUUAAUGAUAUCAUGAUAAUCGAGCUAGCGAGAGAGGUUGUUGUAGCUGUGAAUAUUCCUAUACAUUUUUUGUGGUAACCCGUGCACUAACAUACUUGAAUGUGGCUUUACCGUUUUCGGGGAAUUGAAAACGUGACCUGUGUCAUUUCAUAACGAAACAAGCUAGUAGUUUAAUCAUGCAUGCAAGCAAUCAGGCAAGCUAAUACUGUGCUGCUGUUAUCGAACUGUAGACCGCAAUCGGGUACCCUCGGACCAUUCAGAGAAUAUCGCUCUUUUCUAGUGCAUUCUAGUGCAUUCUAGUGCAUUCUAGUGCUCUAACUGUUUUCUAGGCAUGACGGGAAGAGUCGAAUGGGUUUUCCGAUUGCUGUAGACCGGUGAUGUAUGACCUUUAUAAUAGCUGAUUGAUUACCAACACUGAAUUCAAGAUAAGUGACACGCAUUUAUUUUUUCAUCGUCAUUAUUGAACUGUGUCGCGGAAAAAGGUGGUCUUGCAUCGCCUCUGGACGAUCUGCAGCCGGAUAUCCGCGCGAAGCGCUCAAACGCCGCGUAGCGG